AAAUACCUGAUUGGAAUAAAUAUCUUGGCGGCCUUAUCCGAACCAAACUCAGAGCGGCUCAACGCAAGCUAGAGAAGCCAAGAGGGAAAACAAGAUAACAGAUAAAUCCUUAGACGAAAGACCAGAUCAGAUCCCUCCGAUUAGAAUGGGAUCUUGUGCCUCCUCCAACUCGGAUACGACCAGUGCCAGGGCUCGUCAAGACUGGGGGCACGAGCAAGAAAGGGAUGGCGAUUCCCAACCCACCGACGACUUCAUGGCGGAAAACAUGGGUAAUUUAAUUGAAACCAAAGACCAUGUGGACGAAGGCCUAUACUCGCGGCAGCUCUACGUCAUAGGAAAAGAGGCUCAGGCUAGAUUGCAGAGCUCGAAGGUCCUUGUCAGUGGAUUGGAUGGAUUGGGAUUGGAAAUCUGUAAAAACCUGGCUCUUUCGGGCGUUGGAGUCCUAACUUUGCACGACAAUGGUAUUGCGAGCUCGUUGGACCUUGCCUCCAAUUUCUAUCUGUCGGAUGCACGGUCCCCCGAGAAAAGAGCCAUGGCUGUGAUUCCUCAUUUGGAAGAUCUCAACCAAAAUGUGGAGUUUCGUGUCAUUUCCGAAAUUGAAGAGACCGAUGUACAGGAUCAUGAUGUCAUUGUCAUUUGCGGAGCCUCUGAGAGCACCCAGAUCAAUCUCUCUCAAUGGAGUAGGCAAAAUGACAAGAAAUUCGUUCUGGGCGAUGUGAUUGGAGCGGUCUGUUAUGGCUUCUGUGAUUUUGGUUCCAAUUUUGAAGUGAUUGAUCCUGAUGGAGAAGAACCCGUUGAGGUGGAUAUCGUUUCGAUCAGUCAUGACGACGUUGGAAGUGUGAUUUGUUUCGGCGAAGAGAGACAUGGAUUGGGAGACAAAGAUGUGGUGAUGUUUCAUGAUGUUCGAGGAAUGGAGGAACUGAAUGGCCAAGAACGCUUGAUCCAUGUCACUAGCCCAUUUACAUUCACCAUCGGUGACACUUCAAGCCUCUCGCCUUAUACUUCAGGCGGCCGCGUAAUUCAGCUUAAACAGCCUCGGGUGAUUUCUCAUUCGUCUCUUCAAGAGUCUCUCCUAGACCCCCAAAUUGAGGUCACAGACUGGGCCAAUCCCCAACGGAGUGAGUUCCUGCACCGCGCUAUCAGGACCUUGUACGCCAUGGAAAGUAAUAGGCAAGGGCUGCAGGAGACAGAUGAGGACGCCUCCUACUUGGCACCCUUGAACGCCUUUCUAGACGAAAUGAAGUCCCAAUAUGGAGAUGUUGUGAAUAAGCAUCACUUAGAAGAGGAUCUUGAAAGGCUUUUCGAAAGUAGAAAGGGAAGGCCCGGGCCACUCUGCGCAUUUCUGGGCGGCAUAUUAUCACAAGAAGUCAUGAAAUCUUGUACCGGGAAGUUCUCUCCCCUCCAACAAUGGUUCUACUAUGACAUGCUCGAUUGCGUCUUGACUAAACAGAUGCAGAGCAACGUGAGCAACCCUGACAACGACCACGGUGUCGACGAUGAGGACGAAGAAGCAGAAGGAGCGGAAGAGGAAGGAGCACCCCAAAAUGAUCCAAUGCAGUCAAAUCGAUAUUUGGGACAGGAGGUGGUCUUUGGUCGAGAUCUCCAGAAGAAGCUUGCUCAACUGAAAGUCUUUGUUGUUGGAUCAGGGGCUAUCGGAUGUGAACUGUUGAAGAACUUGGCGAUGAUGGGGGUCGGAGUUGGUGAUGAGGGAAAAAUUGUUGUCACUGAUCCAGAUCGAAUUGAGCGAUCCAAUCUAAGUCGGCAGUUUCUUUUCCGGAAUAGCGAUAUUGGGAACAAUAAAGCUCAAACUUCAGCUGCAGCUAUUAUGGAGAUGAACCCAGCCGUUCAUGUCGAGGUUUUCGAAGAGAGGGUUGGGAAGGAGAGUGAGGCUGUUUUUACAGAGGAUUUUUGGAAGCAAUUUGAUGUGAUUGUGAAUGCCCUGGACAACGUUAGUGCUCGGCAAUACGUGGAUGAACAAUGCGUCCGUCAUGAAAAGCCCCUCCUGGAAUCGGGCACAUUGGGAACGAAAGGAAACGUCCAAGUGAUUAUUCCCCAUCUGACUGAAUCCUACGAAGACAGCCAAGAUCCCCCUGAGAAGGAAAUACCCAUGUGUACCCUGAAGCACUAUCCUUUCACCCUCGAGCAUACAAUCCAUUGGGCUAAAGACCUCUUCCACGGGCUCUUUGAACGGCCCUCGGUCCUGAUGGAGAAGUUUCUCAUUCAAGAAGUAGAGUUAAGCGAAGACGCACGGACGGACUUAAGUGAUUUCCUCUUUUGUUUCCCAUUACAACCAGACAGGUUAUGCCAGUCGGCCCUUGAUUGCCUCGAAUGGGCGAGAUCACUAUGGGAACAAAGGUUUGCUAACGAGAUCAAACAAAUCCUUCACAUUUUCCCACCUGACGCCCUGGCUUCGUCUGGUUUACCUUUUUGGACCCCUCCGAAAAGGUGUCCACAGCCUUUGGAAUUUAAUACCACGGAGGAUGACCCGCCUUCUCUAUUGUUUGUGGAAGCAGCUGCUCGACUCAAGGCCAGGAUUCUUGGCCUUGAAGGCGAGUUCGAGAGCCUCGACAUUCAAGAGGCCUUGGAAGCCGUUCAAUUACCGGAAUUUCACCCAAUAUCAAACUUUUUUGUUCCCCAAGACGACUCGGAUGUGCCUCAGACAGACAAUGAGAACGACGAAAAAGAAGACACCUCCGAGGAGGGUCUAUUAUCACCCAAAUUGGAAGCCCUCGAUGGGUUGCCAGGAAAUUCCCCUUUCCAACAAAUUCAGACGAUCGAGUUCGAAAAAGAUGACGAUGAUAACGGUCACAUGGACUUCAUCUAUGCUGCCGCGUCAAUUAGGGCCCAAAACUACGGCAUCCCCAUUAAGGAUCGCCCAACUGCUAAACGCAUUGCCGGUCGAAUCAUUCCCGCCAUGGCCACAACAACUUCUGUGGUGGGGGCUUUAGCUUGUAUGGAGCUCUACAAAGUAGCACUUAAUGGGAAUGCCGCCUUUACAGCACCUCGAGUCAGUUAUAGAAACAGUUUCACGAAUCUGUCCCUUCCACUGUUUGCUUUCUCAGCUCCGCUCUCUCCGAAAAAGCUGAGUCGCAAUUGGACCAAAUGGGAUCGCAUCGACCUUGACGGUGGACUCACUUUGGAGAAAAUCCUUUCGCUCCUCAAGAAUGAUUACAGCGUCACGCCGACGAUGCUCGUGUGUGGACCGCUUUGUUUGUAUGCCAAUUUCCAAAGCGAGGAGAAACGCGCCCAACGAUCCAAUAUGACAUGCAAGGAAGUCAUUGAAGAGCUCACGCAGAAGGACUUGCCAGAGCAUGUCAAAUCAUUGUGGAUCUACGUGGCCGCCGUGGACGAGCAAGAGGAAGAUGUCGACAUCCCUUGUCUUAGAAUAAGAAUCUCAUAAAAACGCAUUGGGUCAGAUGGCAAAGAUAAAGUUUAUUCGAAUAUUUCUGAAGACCUUCUUAUGUUAGUUGGUUGAUCGAUCAACAGAACACGAGCGAUUCUAUGAGUUAUAAUGAUUGAUAGUAAUAUUCGUGAUAGUAAAGAUAACAGAUUGUAAGACGUAAAGGAUGGUUAGAUUGAUUGACAAUAUUCUAUUAUAUUUGUUAUAGCUUUGAUUUGAAUGAUCUGCUCUAGAGAAGAGUAACAAUUCACGGCUGCAUUUGAUUACCUAAAACUGCAAAACUUUACAUCUGUCGGGCAAUCCGAAGGCCCAAACAACAA